UGGGUAGGGCUCCCGCCCUGCGGCCGCCGCGAGUUCCAAUUAGCGCAAGGGAAGCGCCUCGGUUUACCCAGGGGCUGGGAGGGCGCGGGGAGCGGUACCCGGGCGGGCGAGGGCCGGGGGCGGAGACUGCGCGCCGCUGGCUCCCGAGCGCCGGUCAGCGAACCCUCAGAGCCGCCUUCCCGCGCCAGGAGCGGCACGGCUCGGCGGUACCCGCAGGGGUUCCACUGGGCUCGCAGCGUCGCUGCGCUCCGCCGUCGGGCCGGGCGCGCCCUGCGGAAGGCAGGGAGAAGAAGCGCUCCCCACGGGGGCCACGCACGGGCCUCCUGAGCGGCCGCGCGGUGCUGCCAUGGGUAGCCCCUGGAACUGCAGCGACGGCUCCGAGGGCGCGCGGGAGCCUCCUUGGGCCUCGCUGCCGCCGUGCGACGAGCGCCGCUGCUCCACCUUCCCCCUGAGGACGCUGGUGCCGGUGACCGUCGUGUGCCUGGGCCUGUUCGCCGUCGGGGUGAGCGGGAACGUGGUGACCGUGCUGCUGAUCGGGCGCUACCGGGACAUGCGGACCACCACCAACUUGUACCUGGGCAGCAUGGCCGUGUCCGACCUGCUCAUCCUUCUCGGGCUCCCCUUCGACCUGUACCGCCUCUGGCGCUCACGGCCCUGGGUGUUCGGGUCGCUGCUCUGCCGCCUGUCCCUGUACCUGGGCGAGGGCUGCACCUACGCCACUCUGCUGCACAUGACAGCCCUCAGCGUCGAGCGCUACCUGGCCAUCUGCCGUCCGCUGCGUGCCCGCGUCCUCAUCACCCGGCGCCGCGUCCGCGCGCUCAUCGGUGCUCUCUGGGCGGUGGCCCUGCUCUCCGCAGGACCCUUCUUUUUUCUGGUGGACGUCGAGCAGGACCCCAGCAUCUACCCGAUCGUGGGCCUUAACGGCACUGAGCAACACACCUUCUUGUCCAGCGUGCCGCCGCCCCUCUGGCCCUCGCGGGCGCCACUGUCGUCCCCGCCCUCCGGACCUGAGGCUGCAGCGGCCGCGGCGCUGUUCAGCCGCGAGUGCAGGCCAAGCCGCGCACGGUUGGGUACAUUGCGGGUCAUGCUGUGGGUUACCACUGCCUACUUCUUCCUGCCCUUCCUGUGCCUCAGUGUCCUCUACGGGCUCAUCGGGCGAGAGCUGUGGAAGAACCGAGAUCCGCUGCAAGGUCCUGCUGCCUUGGGGCGGGAGAGGAGCCACCGGCAGACAGUCCGCGUCCUGCUGGUGGUGGUUUUGGCAUUUGUAGUUUGCUGGUUGCCUUUCCACGUUGGCAGAAUCAUUUACAUAAACACCGAAGAUUCCCGGAUGAUGUAUUUUUCUCAGUACUUCAACAUUGUCGCCCUGCAACUAUUCUAUCUGAGUGCAUCCAUCAACCCAAUCCUCUACAACCUCAUUUCCAAGAAGUACAGAGCAGCCGCCCGUAAACUGCUGCUUGCAAAACGGUCCAAACCAAGAGGUUUCUGCAGAAGCAAGGACACUGGGGGGGGCCCUGGGGGAGACACUGGAGUCACAGUUGGCUACACAGAGACCAGUGCUAACACAAAGACAAUGGCCUAACCAGCACAGCUGAGCCAAU